AUGAGUCUUGACAACUUUGAAUGCUCGUACUUACCACUACUUCGAAUCCUCACCACCAUUAAAUGUCGAGGUACUGAGCAUGAUCAAACUUACGAUUUUAAGGGAUUAACUGCUGAUAAAGCUCAUUCACUCGAAGUGUUAUCUCAUUGGAGUCAAGUUGCCUCUUUCCUGGAUAUCAAGUUCUUGAUUGAAGACCAUGCGCUCAUCGAUUUUGAUAGCUGCAAUGCGCAUAUGGCGAAUGGUUUGCAGAUUUUAAGCCGGUGUCUCAAUCUACAAACCUUUGCUUCGAUAUUACUUGAUCGUUGGUCAGAGUUGCUACUCGAACUGAAUAAGUUCCUUAUCAAUUGUAAAACAACAAGUCGCCCACGUUUUGCCUGCAGAGUUAAAUCCUCUCAACUGUCAUUCUCGACUAGAAUUCGAAAUUCAAAGUCACAAACUCGGAACUCGAUGUCCUUGACUCAGCUCAACGCCCCUCCUGUAUAUUUCAUGAAUGGUUCUUAA